AGCCGCCGCCGCCGCCGCCGCCUCUCCUUAGUCGCCGCCAUGACGACCGCGUCCGCCUCGCAGAUGCGCCAGAACUACCACCAGGACUCAGAGGCCGCCAUAAACCGCCAGAUCAACCUGGAGCUCUACGCCUCCUACGUUUACCUGUCCAUGUCUUACUACUUUGACCGCGAUGAUGUAGCUUUGAAGAAGUUUGCCAAAUACUUUCUUCACCAGUCUCAUGAGGAGAGGGAACAUGCUGAGAAGCUGAUGAAGCUGCAGAACCAACGAGGUGGCCGAAUCUUCCUUCGGGAUAGCAAGAAACCAGACUGGGAGAGCAGGCUGAAUGCGAUGGAGUGUGCAUUACAUUUGGAAAAAAAUGUGAAUCAGUCACUACUGGAACUGCACAAACUGGCCACUGACAAAAAUGACCCCCAUUUGUGUGUCUUCAUUGAGACACAUUACCUGAAUGAGCAGGUGAAAGCCAUCAAAGAAAUGGGUGAUCAAGUGACCAACUUGCGCAAGAUGGGAGCAUCCGAAUCUGGCUUGGCGGAAUAUCUUUUUGACAAGCACACCCUGGGAGACAGUGAUAAUGAAAGCUAAGCCUCAGGCUGAUUUCCCCAUAGCCGUGGGGUGACUUCCCUGGUCACCAAGGCAGUGCAUGCAUGUUGGGGUUUCCUUUACCUUUUCUAUAAGUUGUACCAAAACAUCCACUUAAAUUCUUUGAUUUGUACC